UCCGCAAGUACCGAAGUCUGCUCCAUGGCGGUGGCGUGGGAAUGCGCGGCCGCAGGGCUGCGGCUGCUCGCGCUGCUGUCGCUGCUGUCUCUGGAGCUGGCGGCGGGCGCCCGGUGGAGCGGGGAGGGUACCAGCCCGCAGCUGCGGAGCAUCUUCCUGGGCCGCUGCGCCGAGUACAUCACGCUGCUGAGCCCACAGCUGGGGGACAGGAACUGCACAGCCAUCUGGGAAGCCUUUAAAGUGGUGCUGGACAAAGAUCCCUGUUCUGUGCUCCCCUCGGACUAUGACCUUUUCAUUAACCUGUCUCGGCACUCCAUUCCCAGAGACAAGUCCCUGUUCUGGGAAAAUAACCAUCUCCUCGUUACCAGCUAUUCAGAGAAUGCGCGGCGCUUUAUGCCGCUGUGUGAUGUUCUGUAUGGUCGGCUUGGAGAUUUUUUAAGCUGGUGUCGCCAGGAAAAUGCCUCUGGACUUGAUUACCAAUCCUGCCCUACGUCAGAAGACUGUGAAAAUAAUGCUGUGGAUUCCUACUGGAAAAGGGCAUCCAUGCAGUAUUCCAGAGAUAGUUCUGGGGUGAUCUAUGUCAUGUUGAAUGGUUCAGAGUCAAAAGGAGCCUAUCCUAUCAAAGGUUUUUUUGCAGAUUUUGAAAUUCCAUACCUGCAGAAGGAUAAAGUCACACAAAUUGAAAUCUGGGUCAUGCAUGAUAUUGAGGGACCUAAUGUGGAGUCCUGUGGUGAGGGCAGCGUGAAGAUCCUGGAGGAGAGAUUGAAGGCCAUGGGGUUCCAGUACCGCUGUGUUAAUGACCACCACCCAGUGAAGCUCUUGAUGUGUGUGGACCACAGCGCUCACCCCGACUGUGCCAUGAGUUCGUCAGCAGCACUGAUUGGAGGGGGAGCCACGUUUCAAGUUCCUGAACAGAGCACCGCCCUGGUCCUGCUUCUGUCAGUGGCUGUGGCCUGGGGUUUUCCAGAGUGAGGAGAAGCUCCUCUCUGCUGUUUGAACAGCUGUGGCCACGCCUGCCUGCCCUGAGUCUUCUCUCAUUCUGCAUCAGGUCCUGCCACUUGGUCCUCUUCUCUGAAGAUGUUUCUUCCUGAGGAAAUGUGGUCAUUUUUCAGUGAGGUUCAUGCUCAGGACUCCAGUAACAAGACUAAUCCCAUCCUUUUUAGCAGGUUGAAUCUGCUGCCUUGAAAAUAAAGCAAUUUUUGAUUCCUUUAUUUUAAUAA